AUGUUGAUGCUUAUCGAAACAAUUCUGGGGGAUGCAUCAGAGAUAGCUGAUGGCCUCAUAGAGAAGGAUGAUUAUUUCUUUUUUGCUCGUCAUCGAAUAUGGGAAAUCGGAAAAAGAUGCAAAAACUGUGAGAUAGUGGACUACAUGCCAGUACUCGUUGAUAAGAAAGGUCACUACCUUGGUUACAACUCUGAAACAAAUCUCAUGUAUCUUGACAGAUCUAACCAUUUCAAUAUAUUUGGAAAACAACGCAUUCAGACUGUAUUUGAAGAGUUAGCAAAAAAGUUUACGAUGUUCACAGAUGGAUAA